AUGAAGUUCUUCGAAAACAAUUUCACCUACGAUUACUCCUUUCCUGCCGUCUCCCUCGCCUAUUUCCUCCGCUACCCCAACCCUUAUUCUCGCCAUGUCCUCACAACGGAUGUCAUCGACAGAUACGUCGACCCUGAGACUGAGCGUCUUCACACAAUCCGGCUGCACCUAAAAAAGUCCAAGAUUCCAUCUGGAAUUCUAAAGCUCCUGCCAAAAGGCAUGGGUGGCUCAGACAGUUCCGGUCAAAGCUACAUCCUUGAGAGGACAAUUGUUGAUGCCAAGGAGGGAUGGAUGGAGACAGAGUCCCGCAACAUGGAGUGGACGGGCAUCCUGAGCGUAGUCGAAAAGCAAUGCUACAAGCGGAUCCCAUCUGAGGAAAACCGCCUGGCCCUCGAGGGUCUGGCCGUCGACAAAAGUACUGAGCAGACUAGUGUCAAGACUACGGUUACCUUCCGGUCCCGAAUUGGACAGGGCAAGUUGCUUGGGAAGAAGAAGCAGGACACAGGUGACCAUGAAGAUGAAGAGCCUCGCAAAGGAUUCUUUUCGUCCCUUUCCACUGCCGGCAUCCAGCGGACCAUUGAGCUCAUCGGUGUGAGUCGAACCAAAGAGGCUGUGCUGAAAAGCAAGCAGGGAAUGAACAUUGUCCUUGAGCGCUUGCGCAGUGGUGGUGUUGUCGGUGUCCUAGAAGGCAUGCGCCAGGACCGAGAAGCAGCCUUCGGGCCUGACGGCCCGUGGAAGCGGGUUUGGUUGCAGGGCAAAGACCGCCCGAUUGAAAACGACAAGUCGUGA